CACGCGUAUGCGAGUGGACACUCACAGGAGGUCUUAAGUCAUCUUGAAGACUACUGACAUCUAUAAAGUAGCUACAAUGGGAGGACAGGCUAAGAGUAAAAAGAAAAACAAGCCUAGAAGGAAAGAGCGACACUCAAACGGAGACUCCGGGCUGAGAAACUUGUCCGCUCAAGAGAGGAUGAAACUGAAGAUGCAAGAGAAAGCCAAGAAGAAAACUGCUGAAAAGUACACCGCAGAACAGUUACUGGAAAAGACUGAAGAGUGCAUGGAUAACUUCAACUUUGAAAUGGCCCAGCUGUUCUGUCAACGUGCUUUGGACAUCGAACCCACAAAUCUUAAGAUCCUAGACAUGCUGGGAAACAUUUGUGCAGAGCUUGGAAAUGUGGAUAAGGCCAAAGAAGCAUUCCUGAAAGCAGUGGAGCUGAGCCCGGAGGAGGGCCACAGCAAGUACAUGUACCUGGGUCAGAUCCACACCGGCAUGGAGGCAGUGCAGUACUUCACCAAGGGCAUUGAGGUCAUGCUCAACACGCUGGAGGAAAGCACGCAAUCGGCCGCUGGGGCUGCAGCUGCUCUCCCGGACAGCGACCCGGCGGUGACAGCGAAGGACGUGUCUGUGGCCUUCUGCUCGGUGGCGGAGAUAUUCUUCACUGACCUCUGCAUGGAGGAGGGAGCAGCUGACAAAUGCAAGGAGGCCAUCGAGAGAGCUCUACAGUACGACCCCGACAACCCAGAGGCCCUGCAGCUGAUGGCCAGCUACCUCUUCAGCACCGACAGCCCUCAGGAUGGGAAGGAGUACCUGAUGCGCAGCGUGGCCCUGUGGCUGCCGAGCCAGCGCAAGCGGGCCGAGCACUCGCUGGGAGGCAGGGAGGAGGAGGAGGAGGAGGAGGAGGAGGAGGAGAGCCUGCAGAAUGAGAUGCCACCAUAUGAAUCCAGGAUAACCACAGCCAAGCUGCUCGUCGAAGCUGAGGAAUAUGAGACUGCCAGCGAGGUUCUCGAGGGACUUCUGGAGGAAGAUGACGAGGUUGUGCAGGUUUGGUAUCUGCUGGGGUGGGUCUGCUAUCUGCAAGCAGAGAAGCCUGAAGAAGCUGAGACCUUUAAAGACUCUGCGCGAACGUACCUAACCAAAGCCAAAAAGCUGUACCUGAAGCUGAGGUGUGAUGACCUGGCCAUGCUGGAGCACGUGGAGCAGCUGCUGGGGGAGCUGGGCCCCGAGGACGAGGAGGCCGACUCUGGGGACGAGCAGCUGGACAACAUCGGGGACGACUUCGUGCAGAGCAGUGACGACGAGGACGAGGACGCCAUGGAGCACUGACACAGCCAAAGGCCCGCUCCAUCACACAGCCUGUCUGCCCCCUGCUCUGUCUGACUCACUCUCUCUCUGCUCUCUCUCACUCUCUCUCGCUCUCUCUCCCCACCACUCUCUGUCUCUGAUUCUGUACUGUCU